CUUCACACAUCCAAGCCAUCCGACGCGCAUACUUAUUUCCUCAGGAAAGUUUAGGAAAGAUUGCGAUGCUGCAUGAAUGCCACCCAUAACAACGAAUGGGUGAUACCGUAUACGCGUCCGGUGGCCCUCGGCUGCCCUGCAUGCUUGACACCGACAGACGCCCCAUUGACUUGGCUGCUCGCUAGAAGUGACUUCGACCCCCGAGCAAACUCCUACUCGCUUGGUGGCAGCCAUAUAACCACCAGAUUUUGCCGAGGAGCAGGCAAGACACUAACAUGUUCACCUUCAAAUCGUCCCACCUUGCUCUCGCUCUCGCGGCUGUAUCCGCCGUGAAUGCCCUGAGCUUCAAAGCUCCCAAAACCGCGCCUUGCGCCGACCAUGUCGCCGCUCCGGCUUUCAAGCAUCAAGGAUCUGUGCUGACGCACUACGGUCCCGAGCCGGACAUCAAGGUCCUCCAGUUCAUCAACGUCGGCAUCGAAGGGUCCCUCUUCCAGUCCGACUCCGAAUCCGAGGACACCGUGAAAAUCACGUUCGCGAGUCUCGCCCAGAAUGACACCGGUCGAUGGGAGUCGAUCCGCGUGUACCCAGAUGCAGGCAUAUUCCAGAUCAGCAACCUCGAGACGGGCACCUACCUUGGCGUCAAGUACGAGGUCGACGAGCUCAAGCUGGUUGCCAACCGCGGCGUCGACCCCGCCUCGUUCGAGUACGAACGUGGAUCCUCGCCCGAGGCAUUUGCGAUCCGGCUCGUCAACACCAACCUUGUCUGGCAGGCGGUGUACGACGACGAGACCAAGAAACACUCGGGCCAUGUCGAAUUGAGGGACAGGAUCGAGAAGUGGGAGCACGGGAGAGAGUUCCAGGACUGGAUCUUCGCUCACUAGAUCAGUCCUAAGAAAGUAGUGCAUAGUAACUAAACAAUGCCCAAUGCAAUCUUCCAAGCAUGAAUCGACCCCGCCUAUCUGCC